GAGUGGUCUCCUCCGAAGUGGAACCGAGGGACAAUACUCGACCCACUCGCUCACUCAGCAAGUGGCUCGAGAGUAUGUCCAGGCAAACAGUGAGCUGAAUUCCGAUGCGAUUGAAGAUGCCACUGGAGAAGCGCUGAUUGAGUUAACCAACUCAAUGGAUCUCAAGGCACAACCAUUCGCCGAGCAUCUCGACCAAUACGCCGGGAGGACCGUUCCAGAUGUAUAUACAAAGGAGUUUCAUCACCAUAUCGAGUUCCGAGUUGCAAGGUUGGCAGAGGAAAAGAUACUCUACACAAAAGCGAUGAAGACUUACAAGAGGAACUUGAGGCGAAGUGUCGUGUUCUAUGGGACCCGCAAGUAUCCCGCUAUUGCCAUGACCCUUAACAAUAUGGGUCAUGUGGCAUGGAAACAAGGACGCCUGGACGAAGCACUUACCUUCUAUCAAGAAUCACUCGACAUCAGCGUCAAGAUCAACGGCACCCGCGAGCAUCCCGCUAUUGCCAUGACCCUUAACAAUAUGGGUAAUGUGGAAAGUGACCAAGGACGCCUGGACGAAGCACUUACCUUCUAUCAAGAAUCACUUGAUAUCAAAGUCAAGAUCUAUGGCACCCGCCAACAUCCCGAUGUUGCCACGACCCUUAACAAUAUGGGCAAUGUGGCAUGGAAACAAGGACGACUGGACGAGGCCCUCGCUUUGUACCAAGAAUCACUCGAUAUCAAGGUCAAGGUCUAUGGCACCCGCGAACAUCCCGAAGUUGCCAUGACACUCAACAACAUGGGUGCAGUGGCAAGUGACCAAGGACGCCUGGACGAAGCACUUGCCUUGUACCAAGAGUCACUCGACAUCAAAGUCAAGUUAUAUGGCACCAAUCAGCGCGAAGAAGUCGCAAUAAUGCUUCACAACAUGUGCUACAUUUCAAGACUCUUGGGUCGUCCCACCCAGGCUCUCCAAUAUGCCAAUCAAUGCCUUGACAUCUACCUUGAACUCUAUGGUACCCGUGAACACUCUUCGGUUGCUGGCAUCCUUGAUGAGUUUGGAUGGAUUCAUUUUCUUCAAUCCAACUUCGCCAAAGCACUCCAAUACCACACAGAGGCCCUCGAUAUUGUCACGAGAAUCUCAAACGAUCCAACAAGAGCUCAAGAGGCCGAAUUCCUCAUUGGCUGCGGCGCAGACCUGAUCCAUCUCGGCCAGCUCGACCAUGCCCAGUCCAAACUCGAGAAAUCACUCGAGCUUCUCAGAGCCAUCCACUCCACGACCGAUGAUGCCUUGAUCGCCCAUGCACUGUGUUGGUUGGGUGACCUUCGUCGACUCCAAGGAAACGGCGACGAUGCCCUCAUCCUCUAUAACGAUGCCAUCCACAUGGUGAAGCGACUGUCACGGCCUUCAAACCCAAUCAUCACUCCACAAGCUCUCCAUGGCAUUACAGUCAUCCAACGAUUCAGGAAGCAGCUCGAUGCUGCUCGACAAUCCAUCACCCAGGCCAUUGAUAUCCUUCUCGAGCGCGCUUCCGAUCAUCCAUAUCUGCAAGACCUAGCUACUCUCUCGAUCGAACUUGACAGGAAUAGUGAAACGAGCGCACACAUAGGCGAUUGCUCAGUGAUGUGACUGCCAAAAUGAUCCGAAGAAGUGUGGUUGAGCGUCAUUGUUGCAUUGUCCUAUUCAUUACACCUCCUGGUUCGUAUCUCAUUCACUCACCUAUGAGAGCGGUGAGAGUUACCUGACAUCCAUACAUCAUGGGCCCUGGAAGGGAUCAAUGCGGAUGAGGCCAAAUCCAACGACUCGCGAUGCAGCGCCAGUGGUCUCACCUACAUUGGCCAGGAUCACACCCACACCAUUGGGGUCAGCGAUCUCGAUGCCGAGUGAGUCUGGCUGCACCCACGACGAAAUAAAUGUAUUGAGCUAUCCA